GCGGCCGCGGCAGGUGCAGGUGCCGGCGCCGUGGAAGGCGCGGCGCGCGGGUGUUCGGCGGGAUGCCCCGGCCCGGUUAUCUUAUGAUGAGGCUUUUGCUAUGGCUAAUGAUCCCUUGGAAGGCUUCCAUGAAGUAAACCUUGCUUCACCUACUUCUCCGGACCUUCUUGGUGUGUAUGAAUCGGAAACUCAAGAGCAGAUUACCUCGCCAAGUGUCAUCUACCGGCCACACCCUUCAGCUUUAUCCUCUGUACCUAUUCAGGCAAAUGCAUUAGAUGUUUCUGAACUUCCUACACAACCUGUGUAUUCAUCCCCCAGACGUUUAAAUUGUGCGGAAAUAUCUAGUAUCAGCUUUCAUGUUACAGACCCAGCACCUUGUUCUACCUCUGGAGUCACAGCUGGAUUAACUAAAUUAACUACAAGAAAGGACAACUAUAAUGCAGAGAGAGAGUUUUUACAGGGUGCUACUAUAACAGAGGCUUGCGAUGGCAGUGAUGAUAUUUUUGGGUUGAGUACUGAUAGUCUGUCUCGUUUACGAAGCCCAUCUGUUUUGGAAGUUAGAGAAAAGGGCUAUGAACGAUUAAAAGAAGAACUCGCAAAAGCUCAGAGGUUUCAGGAAGCUCAUAAAAUGGUGAGAGAAGCAAAUAUCAAGCAGGCAACAGCAGAAAAACAGCUAAAAGAAGCACAAGGAAAAAUUGAUGUACUUCAAGCUGAAGUAGCUGCAUUGAAGACACUUGUAUUGUCCAGUUCUCCAACAUCACCUACGCAGGAGCCUUUGCCAGGUGGAAAGACACCUUUUAAAAAGGGGCAUACAAGAAAUAAAAGCACAAGCAGUGCUAUGAGUGGCAGUCAUCAGGACCUCAGUGUGAUACAGCCAAUUGUAAAAGACUGCAAAGAGGCUGACUUAUCCUUGUAUAAUGAGUUUCGAUUGUGGAAGGAUGAGCCCACAAUGGACAGGACGUGUCCUUUCUUAGACAAAAUCUACCAGGAAGAUAUCUUUCCAUGUUUAACAUUCUCAAAAAGCGAGUUGGCUUCAGCUGUUCUGGAGGCUGUGGAAAACAAUACUCUAAGCAUUGAACCAGUGGGAUUACAACCUAUCCGGUUUGUGAAAGCUUCUGCAGUUGAAUGCGGAGGACCAAAAAAAUGUGCUCUCACUGGCCAGAGUAAGUCCUGUAAACACAGAAUUAAAUUAGGGGACUCAAGCAACUAUUAUUAUAUUUCUCCUUUUUGCAGAUACAGGAUCACUUCUGUAUGUAACUUUUUUACAUACAUUCGAUACAUUCAGCAGGGACUUGUGAAACAGCAGGAUGUUGAUCAGAUGUUUUGGGAAGUUAUGCAGUUGAGAAAAGAGAUGUCAUUGGCAAAGCUGGGUUAUUUCAAAGAGGAACUCUGAUGUUCUGCGUGGGACCAUGCGUGAACUCUCUGAAUAACUGAAAAAUGGCUGAAUAUUUUUAUGGUUACUUGAUAUUUAUUUCCAAGGAGUGGGCCUAAGACUUUUUUCCCCUUUUGCAAAUUGCUCUAAGAAGUACCAUGAUUUCUUUUAAACUGAUCUAUGCUGUGUUUGCUUAUUCUUUAGUUGAACACACUAUGAAGAAUUACAGGUGUACUAGUGAAUGUAAUUUAUAGUUUCAAAAAAAAAAAAACCUGAAAUAAAUAAAUGUUAGAUUG